AAUAUAUAUGCAGUAUUUUUUAAAGAUUAAAUAAACUGAUAAGUGAUAUAAAAAGUUUACAAUUUGCAUUCCUAUAUAUAAUUCAGUUAAUUAUUUAUUAGAUAGACAUGCAAAUUGUAUUAUUAAAAACAGUUAUACUAUGUUUUUAUUAAGACAAAAUUACAUAGUUGCAAUAUGUAUACCAAAUUUAUUACAACUGAUGUAUCAAGUGAAAAUUAAAAAAUUUCAUUGAUCUAUAAAGAUGCAAGUAAAUUUAAUAAAGCAAAUCAAUCGAAAUAAAAGCGGUAAAAUUAUUUUGAUUUCAACUUUUAAUAAAUGAGAAGAAAAAUAAUUAGAAAAAUUUGUUAUCAUAUCUUAUAAUAAAAAGAUAAGAUAAUGAUAAUUGCGACCAUCUGUUGUUGUGCCCAUGUUAAGUAUGCGAUUCGCACGGUUAGCAAUAAUAACAUAUGUGUGCUUAUUUUAUAAACAGUUUUAUAAUUAUCGUAAUGAAAUUGAUGUAACAUUUCAAGUGUGUUUAAUGACCGGCAAUCAUAAAUUCUCGCGUAAUUCAAAGUUUGUGUAACUGAUAUGAAAAAUGUAUGAAAUUAUCGAUAAUAUUCAUGUUGUAUAAAUAUUUUGUCAACGAAGAACAACUGAAGGAAUAUUUGCUUUCAUUUAUCACUGUAUUAUGUAUAUUCAUAAUUAAAAAAUAAGUAAUUUUAAGCUAAAAGUGAAAUGCAUAAAAUAUUGUCUAUAUUUACAGCGUUCCGAUACAGCGAAUAAUGAUUUUAAUAAUAUUAAUCUUAAUCUUAAUAAUGGAGAAAAAAUCGGUGAAAAUUUAUUGUUUAAAUAGGAUAGAUUGUACAAGAUAUGAUCUCUUUCCGUAAAGUAUAUAUAUACUUAUUUACAUAUUGUAUUUUCUUCUAUUAUUUUCAAACGAUUGUAUUCAUCAAGGUGCAGCGAAAUAUAACAUUCGCGAUGCGAAUCGACGUGCGUGAAUUUUUCAAACAUUAGAGACACCGAGAGGUUUCGCCCCACACUCGACUUUUCCCCUACCCUACGCAACGCGCGACAUGAAUAUCAUCCUCGAGCCAAGGAUAAAAUCAUUUCGCGGACAACAAUCGAGUCUUCGACGGACAGUAGCCCUGGCUACCACUUUAAGCGGCAUGUUCGCGUUACUGAUCGUCGUCCUCGCAUUUGGCGGCCUUAAUCAGGCCCAGGAAUACACCUCUCCUUGGCACUACAAGUGCGAUGCCGGUCUCUGCAAGAAGGUACCGAUCACGGAACAGGACACCAACCCGCUCGCUCUCAGCGUAUGCCAAUUAUUCUGCGGCCAAGCUGGUACCCUUUGGCCAAAACCCACGGGACACCUCUCCAUCGGCAGGACCGUGGUACCUCUAAAUGUCGAGAGCAUCGAACUGACUGGGAUUUCCACGCAGACGGUAGUCGGAAAUCUUCUUCAGAGGAACGUGGAUCGUUUGAAGGAUGGUGUGACGAAACUCAGUGGUCCCGUGACCCCGGUGACCUCGAAUACCGCUGCAAAGCUGGUGAUUCGCUUCAAUCAAGGACUGAAUCUCAACGAUACCAAGCUGACCUUGGACACUGACGAGAGCUACACUCUCCGAGUUGCUACGGUCAACGGACAGGUGGAGGCCGACAUCACGGCAAACACAUACUUUGGAGCUCGACAUGCCAUGGAGACCCUUAGCCAGCUGAUCGUCUUCGACGAUCUGCGCAAUUAUAUUCAAAUAGUCAAUGAUGUGUACAUCGUGGACAGUCCAAAGUAUCCCUAUCGUGGAAUCCUUCUGGACACCAGUCGAAAUUACGUUGACAAAGAGACGAUUCUGCGAACGAUCGACGGCAUGGCCAUGUCCAAGCUGAACACAUUCCACUGGCACAUCACCGACUCGCACAGCUUCCCUUAUGUCAGCCGAACGUGGCCCGACUUCGUCAAGUACGGUAGCUACAAGCCAACCAAGAUCUAUACAUCCGAAAUGAUCAGGGAGAUCGUCGACUACGCCCUGGUCCGAGGUGUCAGGGUCCUGCCGGAGUUCGAUGCACCUGCACAUGUCGGCGAAGGGUGGCAAUGGGUUGAUGACAACGCGACAGUUUGUUUCAAAGCCGAGCCCUGGCAGAGCUAUUGCGUGGAACCACCAUGCGGUCAGCUGAAUCCUACCAGCGAGAGGAUGUACGAGGUUCUUGAAGGAAUCUACAAGGACAUGGUAGAAGAUUUCGAACAGCCAGACAUCUUCCACAUGGGUGGAGACGAAGUGAAUAUCAACUGCUGGAGAUCCACGAAUAUCAUCACCAACUGGAUGCUGAAGAAGGGAUGGGAUCUCAGCGAGAGCAGCUUCUACCUGCUGUGGGACUACUUCCAGGAGAAAGCUCUGGACAAGCUGAAGACCGCCUACGGUGGUAAAGAAGUCCCGGCAAUCCUGUGGACUAGCGGCCUCACUAGCGAGGAGAAUAUUCAGCAUAUCGAUCCAAAGAAAUAUAUCAUUCAAAUUUGGACGACUGGCGACGACGAAACUAUCGGCAGACUGCUGCGCAAUGACUUCAAAGUUAUUUUCUCAAAUUACGACGCUUUGUAUCUUGACUGUGGAUUUGCAGCUUGGGUAGGCGAGGGUGUCAACUGGUGCGCGCCGUAUAAGGGCUGGCAAAAGAUUUACGAGAAUUCUCCAUUACAGAUCGUUAAUAAACAAGGAUAUGGAAACAAGAAGCAUCUUAUUCUAGGCGGAGAAGCUGCACUUUGGACCGAACAGGCGGAUAGCACAGCCACCGAUUCGAGAUUGUGGCCGAGAUCAGCCGCAAUGGGUGAGAGAUUGUGGAGUGAACCGGAUUCCAGUUGGCAUCAUGCCGAGCAGAGGAUGUUGAGGCAACGCGAGAGACUCGUCGAACGUGGAAUCGACGCGGAUAGCUUGCAACCCGAAUGGUGUUUGCAAAAUCAAGGCUCGUGCUACGCAUAAACUCUGAAUAUCUCUUUGCAACCUCAUUAUUUUUAUAUACAUGUGUGUUUCAAGUUAGAAUAAAUCACUAUUUUGACCUUGUCA